UCCCAAGGGUUGUUGACAGAUUUGUGUUGAGAUGCGAAAUUUAUUAGUAAUUCAAGAAACGACAUAAUAUGUAUAGAAGUAACCAGUUAAAUCGUAGAAAGUGGUAUUAAGCAUGCAAAAUUACUUUAAGUUAUCUUGCGUAGUGCUUCUGUGUUUUAUUCCGCAGUGACCGCGUUCAGUUUUGUGUGUGCGACUUCUUGCGAUAAAAGCAUAUCCCGCUGUUACAAAGUUCGCACGUAAUACAAACGAAGGAAACCAACGUAAAUACAUGACAGCUGGUUGACAGAUGCCAACGAGGAGUUUCCCGCAACUUGUUAUAAUAAUAUGUACUCAAAAACUGUGAAAGUUUCUUCCGAGACCAGAAUACACUUUCGACAAACCUGUAUUUCUCUUUCCGAAGCAGCAAACAAACAAAUUACCGGUGGCAAAACAAACAGAGAUUCCACAGGUGAUUUGAGAUGCUUUAUAUGCGACGGAAAAAUUACAGGAACCUGCUUCCCACUUGUCGUUGGCGUAACGCCAUACAGUAAAACAGACAUACCAACAAAAAUAGGCCAGUUAAUGGGAGAAGGUUUUAUGGUAGUUGUGUCUGAAGAUGAUAAUUUAUGUAAGAGAUGUACAUCACUGUUGUAUCAACUUGACAGAUUAGAAGUGGAUCUGAAUUUAGUAAAAGAUGCAUUAACAAAUUACCUAAAACUGAAGUAUCAGUUAAAUGAAGAGGAUCAUGAAAUAGCAACUAGCAGAGAUGACUCAAGUUUUCGACUUUACAGUGAGGAAGAGAAUGAAAAUGACAAAUCUAGUUGCAAGAAGUUGUGUGGCAAGGAAGGAGAGGUUGCAGUAGAUGAGGAAUUUAAGGUUCGCUCCAUGGCUCACUGUGUAGUACACCAGAAAGGUUGCUUGGACAGUAAUAAGUCUUCCAACCAGUAUAUGAACAAUGAAAAUUUUGUGAACUUGUUUAAAAAAGUAAGCACUCAAUUUAUGCAAGUUCCUAAUAGAAAUAACAAUAACUUAAAUGGCACAGAGUUAGCCAUUGAAAAUGUAUCAGGAAGAGUGACUUCCAAUUCCACUACAUGUACAAAAAGUGACUGUGAUUCUAGCCAGCAUGCUGAUGGUGAAAUAGAUUAUACAAUUUCUGGUAAAAAUGAACAGCAGUCUGCAACAACUCAGAACUCAACUUUUGAAAACUCUAGUGAAUCCUUAGUAACAACACAUAGGUCACAUUCAUCUGAAGCAACCCAAGUAAAUAACAGUAUUCCAUGUAAUUUUCCGAUUAAUAAAUUUAUGGAAAAUGCUAGGACUGACUCAGCUGUAAAACAAAAAGAAAAUUCUGAGAAAAAUGUUAGUUCUAAUUCAAGCCAUGAAUAUUUAUUAGGUGCACCAUACAGAGAUAUUCAGAAAAGUGAACUUGUGUCAAAAACUGGAACUGAAAGUACAAAGCAGAAAGACUGUGAGAUGAAGGCAAAAGUUGAUAAUGAAACAUCUCUGUCAGAUAGCUGUGGGUCAAUAAGUUAUCCACCACAAACAAUGAAGGAAUUGAGGACACCUUUUCUUUUUCAUAUAACAAAACCAGGAACUGCACAGUGUGAAAUUUGUGGCAAAUUCUUUUCUAGCAACAGUAAAAUGAUGUACCAUAGAGAUAUAUGUUCAAAGAAUUUAAGCUCAUCAUUUUUGACAAAGGAACUUUGUCUGACACAUGAAGAAAAUUGUGUAUUUGUGCCCUAUUGUGAUGAAUGUGGAGAAAAAUUUUCUGAAGUUGAUCAGGUGCGGUCUCACAAGGAUACAGCUCAUAGAGAUCCUCACUGUCGCUAUUGCGGUUGUAUUGAAGAUAAGUUUUGGGAGCUAUAUAAAGUUUAUGAAGAUGGAGACUUAGAUGUUGAGAAAGCUUCUACUGCAGAAAAUCUCUACAAUGGUGUACUCGGACUCGGAUGUCAUUUGAGAAGUAAAGGAAAGCAUCCUGAUUGUGUUUCUGCUCAAUUGGCGAUGGUGGAAGAAAAUAGUAACGUUGUUGGGAAACCAUCCACAGAAGUGCCAAGGAAAAGUAAAUGUUUCGUUUGCGAUGUGAUUAUUUCUGAUGGCGGUGUAUGGUUAAUGGAAUUACUGUCUGUCAACGCUAAUCUCCUGGAAAACAUUGGCAGUCUCAUGGGCGACGGUGCUUUUGUUAUUGUAUCAUGGAAUGACAUUGUGUGCAACGCAUGCUCUUUGUUGCUGAAGUAUUUUACAAAGUUAGAAAGAGAUCUUAUGAUUUUGAAAAAAGUUUUGCGCUAUUACCUUAAGGUUAAGUACCGCUUAGAAGACGAUGGGUUGGACACAAAUACUACGAUUAGCCGGCAAGACAUUGACUAUAUUGCUGAAUGCUCAUCGCAGGUACUCAGUGCUUCAGAUACAGAAGGAUCACAACUGUCAUAUAGACCACAAAAACUGGAUCUGGCUUUGUCUCAGAAGAGCCACUGUGAUAAAACAGAGAUAGUGCCUCGGAAUAAAACAGCAAAUGUGUCAAACAGUGACACUGUGAGUGGUUUAAAUCGGAAAGAGACAAAUAUAUUUAAAAAGGAAAAACUGAAAACACGUAAUGUGGCUGCACGAAAAAGGUGUCAUUUUGAAAAUUACCAUUCAACAUCAGAACAUUGCAAGAACAAUGAAGCCCACGAGAAGCAACUGGAGCAUACUAUAGACGCAGAUGUUUGUGUCUCCACUACUGACAACAUGGGGUGUGCAUUAAAUGUGGAAGACCAUCAUAGUGAAAGACAAAAAUGCUUUAUGUCACACUCUUUGAGGAAUGGAAAUAAUGACACUAAAUUACCAGAUCAGCAUGAUGAAGCACAUAGUUUAUUAUUUAAGGAAGGAGCUUUAAAGCAUAAAUGUCCUCCAGGAAAAAAUGACAAUACAACCUCAGUAGAAAAUUCAGAUGGAAAAAUGAAAAAUGUCAUAUCCAUAACUUUAAGCUCUGACAGUGAACAGGAAUUUGCAGAAGAUCAAUGCAUACAGUCCUCCACUAGAGAUCAUAUGCCACAACUUCCAUUUAUGAAGUCUCCUGUGUACAGAAUGUUGAGAAAAAAUAGUAACUCAGUGACUACUCAAGAAAAUAAACAGGUUUCAGAGGAAAAAAAUAAAACUGACACAUUUGAAGAAAAUAAAAAAGUAAUUAACCAGAGCAUUUUUUCUGAAGAUAUUAUUGUUCAUGAUAACACAAAGCCUGAGAAAUCAGGCCUUAAACCUUUAGCAAAAGAGACUGGGAAAAUUAUUUUAAAUAAGGGAUAUGUUGUGGCAAGUGACUCAACUGCCAACAUAUGCACAAAAACACUGGAGAAUUUGAUUCAAAAAGAGUUACCCAAAUGUACUGAAAGCAGUGUCAGGAGUCCGCCUCACUCUGUAGUUAUAAACGGAGAGCAGUCUGCACGCACAGAGAGUUUAGAUUCUUCAGAUCAAAUGCUUUAUUUGUCACAAAAGACAUUUAAGAGGCCUGAGAAGGGCACAUGUGGGUCACCAGGCUCUGAGAAUGUCCUGAAAAGUAUUGAAGAUAAUCAAAUUAUGCUUCAUAAUUCUCAGAGUGAAUGGGCUGGUGGCCUAGAAAUUGGCUUAGAUGACGAUAUGCCGCACAUUGUUCUUGGAGAUGAAAUGGUUGUUGAUGGGUCAACAUGUGAAGAAAUUGCUUUUGAAGAAAUCCAGGAUACAUCUACACAUAAUAAUGAAAAAAAUUAUAGUAUUCAAAGAGAAAUUGCCGAGAGUAAUAUUUCGAAGAUUGAAAAUUUAAAUGCCCUUUGCUCUGGAGAUGCAGAAAUAGAUUUUAUAGAGUCAACUACUACUGAAGAAACUGCCAUUAGAACAGGCCAUGAAGAAAAUGCAAACCAAGCAUCACAGUUUGUUUCAGACACCAGUAGCAGUGGAAAUCAGAGCGCAGUUUCAGAAAAUAGUAGUAUUAAUAAUGAAAGAACUAUUUUGAGAUCUUGUGAUGUUAAAACUCGAGCAUCACUGCUUUUUAAAGAAAAUGUUAGUCACUUGCCAGCAUGUGGAAAACUUUUUCAGUGCCAUAUAUGUAAUAGGAUUUUAACAACACAAAGUAAUUUGAAACGACAUUUGUUAAAGCAUGAGAAGUGUACAGUAGGAUCAAUUAUCUGUGAACUUUGCAAUGAACAACUUGUUGACAGGGUACAUUUGAAACAACAUUUAAAAGUCCAGCAUCAACAAUAUGUAAAAUGUGCAUUUUGUGAUAAAGAAUUUUCAAAUAUGAAAUUGUGUAGAGAUCAUGAACUGACUCAUCCUGAAAGGGCAACGUAUAAAUGUGACAUUUGUAAUCAAAUGUUUGUCACCGAGGGUCGGCUUAAAAACCACAAAGAAUUGAUUCACGAUGAUCUGUGUGACACCUUCAGAGAUAAUGAUUUUUUCAAGUGCCACAUAUGUUUUAAAACCCUGAGGACACAUCACAACCUUAAGAGACAUCUUACAAAUCAUGAAAAACCUCCAGUAUCUGUGUCAUCUGUGCCAUGUAAUCUUUGUCAAGAAGUUUUCACAGAGAAAUCUAAAUUAUACCAGCACAGGGAAGAGAAACAUCCUAAGAAACACAACUGCACAUUUUGCAACAAAGAAUUUCUGAGCUUGAGAAGCUGCAGGAUACAUGAAUCAUUGCACCCAGAGCGAGUAGUUUACAAAUGUAAUAUAUGUGAAACUGUUUUCCUCACAGAAUUACGGUUGAAUAGACACAAAGAUAUAUAUCAUAGGGAACCAUACUGCCGGAUCUGUCGCAAGGAAAUAACUGAUCGUUCAAAACUUAUUGAACAUGAAAGACGACAUGGGCGCUUUAAACAAGUUUUUAUGUGCAAGGAAUGUCCUAAAGUAUUCAGGACAGCAUCAGGUUUGAAGUACCACAUGUCUGUUCAUACAGGAAAGUAUGCAGUGUAUUGUGAAAUAUGUGGUAAAGGUCUUCAUUCUGAAGUUGUAUUAGCAGAACAUAAAGCAACUCACACAAAAGAAGUGCGGUACACAUGUGAACUAUGUGGCCGAACCUUCUCCUCUAAUAGUACUUAUAGAAUGCACCGUCUCUGGCAUGAUAAUCCUUUGCCUUAUCAGUGUAAUUUCUGUGACAAAAAAUUUAAACAUACUUCUAUUUUGGCGGUGCACAAGAGACGGGUCCAUACUGGUGAACGGCCAUACAAAUGUAAGUACUGUAACAUGGCUUUCAGUGUCAGCAGCACGCUCAACAAGCACUUAAUUCUGCACACAAAACAGUAUCCAUUUAAAUGUGAACAAUGCAGUAAGGGAUUUACAACACGUACUAAAAUAGCAAAUCAUCUUGCAAAAGUCCACAAUGAUGAUAGCAUGUUAAUUGCUGGCAAGAAGGUUUGUGAGUAUAAGAUGGCAUUGAGGCCUAGUGAAAUGGCUGAUGUAGAAUCUUUACAUGAAUUUCCAACAGAUGAAACAGAUGAAAUGGAUUUGUAGGAAAAACCUCAGUCAGUGAAAGUUGUGACCAAUUAUCAGAAUACAAAGUCGUAUUACAAUGGCCCACUGUGAAAUAUAUUUUCUCAUUGCUAUAGUGUAUAAACUAGGAGCUGAAGAAGAAAAUAGGAAUAAAUACUGAUGAGUUAACUAAACUCUUUAGACUGUAUAGGGACAAAUUCUAUCAUUUGAGGAGAUGGAAAUUAAAAAUAACCAAACUUAGGUCCUCGUACAAAGUGUUACUUUGCAGAGAAAAUGGGAGGAAGUAUAGUGUUGUUGGUUUUUUUUUUAACAGUAAUAACUAUGCACAGAUAAAAUGGACUCUGAUUGUCCUGAGAAUCUGUCUCUCUCUUAUUUUUAAAUGAGUGGUUCUGAAGUGCACAAUACUUAAACAUUCCAUCAAUGUUUUGUAGUGAGACUAAAAGACUCUUGUGUGAUAUAUUUGUGUGUGUGUGUGUGUGUGUGUGUGUGUGUGUGUGUGUGUGUGUGUGUGUGUGUGUGUGUGUGUGUGUGUGUGUGUGUUCGUUGUGCUUUUCCAGAAAAGUGCUUAUAUAACAGAAUUGUGUAGUAUACUGUAAUAUUUCUCGAAGUUUGAAUAUUUUUGUGGGGAAAAGUUAUUUUUUGUGGACUUAUAAGACCUUGUUGAAAACUGUCAUUUGAUAAGUUAUUAUCUGAGAAUAAUAACCACUAUUGAGACAGUAUUGUUAUGUGAAUCUGAGAAUUCAUAAAUAUAAUAGAGGGAAACAUUCCAUGUGGGAAAAACAUAUCUAAAAACAAAGAGGAUGAGACUUACCAAACAAAAGCGUUGGCAGGUCGAUAGACACACAAACAAACACAAACAUACACACAAAAUUCAAGCUUUCGCAACAAACUGUUGCUUCAUCAGGAAAGAGGGAAGGAGAGGGAAAGACGAAAGGAUGUGGAUUUUAAGGGAGAGGGUAAGGAGUCAUUCCAAUCCUAGGAGCGGAAAGACUUACCUUAGGGGUAAGUGCGGAUGGAUAUGUGUGUGUGUGUGCGCGAGUGUAUACCUGUCCUUUUUUCCCCCUAAGGUAAGUCUUUCCGCUCCCAGGAUUGGAAUGACUCCUUACCCUCUCCCUUAAAACCCACAUCCUUUCGUCUUUCCCUCUCCUUCCCUCUUUCCUGAUGAAGCAACGGUUUGUUGCGAAAGCUUGAAUUUUGUGUGUAUGUUUGUGUUUGUUUGUGUGUCUAUCGACCAGCCAACGCUUUUGUUUGGUAAGUCAUCCUCUUUGUUUUGAGAAUUCAUAAAACUAUAUAAAUAUAUCAUUUUAUGUUUAUUUAGUUUAGUAUUUGUUUAGUAUCAGAAAGAUUGAUGUAAAAUUUUGUGAACUUUUGUAAACUUACCUUUGCUGGACCAAACCCAUGCCAAAAUAAAAUGUAUUAACUUCAUUGAAUUAAUGUUCAGACUUUUAAGCAUCCUUAUCAGAGACACUGUAAACUAAUUGAUCAGUAGCAAUGUGAAAAUCAAUGUAUUUGGGAAUUGGCCGAGUAUGAUGUAAUUGCGUUAAUCACAACUAACAAA